UUGUCGAGAGCCAAUAGAAAUCGCAGAGCUAAAACCCCAGACCCUCCAUUAAAACCUAGAGCACAAAGCUUCGCUCCUUCCCUCCUCCAUUCGCACCACAAACACACAUUCAAAACACACAGUAUGAAGCCGCUCAAAGAGAACGGCUCCGACAAGCCCAAGAAGAAUGAAAAGGACAGGAAAAAAUUGCAAAAAUUGGUAGCGAAAAACAUGGAAGAAACUCUGAAAAGAAUUGAGGAAGCUGAGCCAGGUACUGAAAGCUCCGAAGACUCCCCUUUUGUUUCUGGGUCAGAAGAUACUGGUGACGAGGCUCUAUCUGAUGACGAUGGCUCAAUAAGUGAUUCCGGCUCUGAGCAAAGUAAACUCUCACAGGACGAGCAGGAUGUAAUUCAAUCUAGUGAAGGUGAUAGUGAUGAUGGUGAUAAUGACGGAGAUCUUGUCAGCGAAGGUGAAGAUGAUGAUAAUUAUCAUGCUGAAGACAGCCAUGGUGAAAGCGAUGACUCCCGGGAAGUUGUUGAAGAAAGUGAUUCGUCGGAAGACGAGGUUGCACCUCGUAACACUGUUGGAGAUGUUCCUUUGGAAUGGUAUAAGGAUGAGGGACAUAUUGGAUAUGAUUUAGCUGGCAAGAAGAUCAAGAAAAAGGAAAGGCAAAGUAAACUCGAUUCUUUUCUUGCAAAUGUUGAUGACUCAAGGAGUUGGCGUAAGAUAUACGAUCAGUAUAAUGAUGAGGAAGUGGAGUUGACCAAAGAUGAAACCAAACUUAUUGGCAGACUGCUUAAAGGGAAGGCACCACAUCCCGAUUUUGAUCCAUAUGCUCCUUAUGUUGAUUGGUUUGCUUGGGAUGGUGCUAAACAUCCCCUCUCAAAUGCACCUGAACCAAAGAGACGUUUCAUUCCUUCAAAGUGGGAGAGUAAAACGGUUCUUCGGCUUGUCCGGGCCAUAAGAAAGGGGCUGAUUAAGUUUGAUGAAAAACCAAAGGAAAAGCCUCGAUUUUUCGACUUAUGGGAUGACUCCACCUCUGCUGAAAGACAAGGAUUGGCAUAUAUUCCUGCACCAAAGGCUAAAUUGCCAGGUCAUGAUGAAUCAUACAACCCUUCUGCAGAGUACAUCCCAACACAAGAAGAAAUAAACGCUUACCAGCUGCUCUUUGAGGAAGAUCGACCUAAAUUUAUUCCGAAACAGUUUGCGAACAUGAGAAGUGUUCCUGCGUAUGACAAAUCUGUCCAAGAACUUUUUGACCGUCAUUUGGAUCUCUACUUAUGCCCAAGAGUUCACAAAAAACGUAUUAAUAUUGAUCCCGAGUCAUUGAAACCGAAGCUACCCAGUCGCAGAGAUCUUAAACCCUAUCCAUCAACUUGUUAUCUCGAGUACAAAGGCCACAAGGGUCCAGUUAUAACCAUUUCUGUAGAAUCCACUGGGCAAUGGCUUGCUUCUGGUUCUAAGGAUGGAACUGUUCGCAUUUGGGAAAUUGAAACUGGAAGAUGCGUACAGAUCUGGGAUCUAGGUGAACCUGUAGAGCAAGUUUCAUGGAAUCCUAAGCCAGAGGUUCCGAUGUUAGCAGUAGCUGUGGGCCACGAUGUGUUCAUUUUGAACACCAAAUGUGGAAGUGAUGAACAACAAAAAACCAUUGAAGAGAUUCUCCAUGUUGAACCCCAAAAGGUGGAGGAUGAUUCCGAUUCGACUGCAAACGUUGUCACCUGGGGUCAAGAUGAGAAGCAUGGAGGAAUCAGGUUGAAGCAUUUUAAGUCUGUGACUAAGGUGGAAUGGCAUCGUAAUGGAGACUAUCUUUCGACGCUAAUGCCAUCUGGUGAAUCAAGAUCGGUGUUAAUUCACCAGCUCUCCAAGAAACAGACUCAACGAAUUCCGUUCAAGACUAAGGGAAUUCCUGUUGCGACUUCCUUUCAUCCCACUAGAUCCAUAUUCUUUACUGCAACAAAGAAGGAUGUUCGGGUAUACGAUUUGAUAAAACAAAAGCGCAUUAAAAAGCUUGAUGCUGGAGUCCGUGAAAUCUCUUCCAUAGCAAUCCACCCUGGUGGUGAUAAUGCCAUUGUUGGAAGUAGAGAUGGUAAGCUAUGCUGGUUUGAUAUGGACCUUUCGUCUAAACCUUACAAAGUCCUCAGGGCUCAUAAGAAGGAUCUUACUGCAGUUGCCUAUCACCGCACUUACCCACUAUUUGCGUCAUGCUCUGAUGAUAACACAGCAUAUGUUUUCCAUGGCAUGGUUUAUUCCGAUCUCAAUGAAAACCCACUGAUCGUUCCUCUUCAGAUUCUUCGAGGGCAUUCCACUGGUGAUGGAAGAGGAGUUAUGGACUGCAAGUUCCAUCCAAGGCAACCUUGGUUGUUCACUGCGGGUUCCGAUUCUUUGAUCAAGCUCUAUUGUCACUAAAUCUCGAUUAUUGAAUAUUUAUAUGUCCACAACGUACAAUAGCAGUUUUCUUCUAUACUAGCAGCCAUUACUUGCAGAAGAUAGACAUUAAGAAUUCGAGACGCUUCUCCUUCAUUUAAAGUCGGUGUCAUAGAAUAUAAGCACUUGUACGCAUGUAGGAUCUACUAGCUGAAUUUUUUUAUUUUUUAUUCGGUUCUUAUCAAUUUUGCGUUGCUUUCAUGUAAACAUCGAGCCAUGUUGUUUUGAGUUAUACUGUAUACGAUGUUACCUCUGUUUACCGUUUGAGUUAUACCGUAUUCAAG